GAGACAAGGAGGCGAUUUCUGUCCCUGUGCUUGGUAUAGGAGAAUCUGCUUUGAGACUGUGAUGGUUGGGUGUGUGAACGUGUGCGAGGGAGAACCUCAUAAUUACUGGACUGUCUGCACCACACAUAGCAUCUCUGUACCAUCCUCGCAUUGGACUACAUCCAACUUUUUAAUGUUUUCUCUGUAAGGACAGGAGCCAUGUGUUUGCCUACAGAGAGUCUUCUUUAGGUUGCCAGAAAGCUCUAACAGGACCCUUGUGUGUCAGAUCGAGUAAGUGACAACGCGCUGGUCAUGGAUAGUUUGAACCGAAAUCUUCCCGUUGGGCAUCAGUCUCAUCAAGUGCUGCAGAGCACUCCAUUGGACUUGAUUGAGACUGGGAAAGGGCUGAAGGUCCAAGCAGAACGUCCCCAUUUGGUCAGUCUAGGAAGUGGCCGCCUCAGCACGGCCAUCACCCUCUUGGCCCUGUCUGAAGGCAAGACUACUCUGGGUCAUGGAGCCAUGGACAUCAACAUUCAGGGCCCAGGGAUUGCAGCUCAACAUUGCUUUAUCGAGAACAAGGCUGGAGUCAUCACUCUGCACCCCUGUGGAAACCAGUGUAGCAUGGAUGGACUUCCAAUCACCAAGCCUGUUCGCUUGUCUCAAGGCUGUAUGCUGUGUUUCGGCCAGUCCGCCUUCUUCCGCUUCAACCACCCUGAGGAAGCUUUCCGAAUGAAAAGCAUGUUGCCUGAGGGAGGACAGACAGCCAGUUUGAAAAACUGGACCCACACAGAUUCUGAGAACCUGGUCAAUGAGAAUCACUUGUCUGGAGCGCCAGAAUCCCACCCAGUUUCCAACGAGAGAGUGCGUCCAGAGCACCGUGCCAUUGUCAGUUCCAUUGAGAAGGACCUUCAGGACAUUAUGGACUCGCUAGUCAUGGAUGAUCCUCAACCAUCUUCCUCUGAAUCAAAGAAGCCCCCUGGUCAGCCCAUCUCCAAGUCCCCUCUAUCCCCCAUGUUAAAUGGAGGUGGCCGCUUCCUUCUCUCUCCUCCAACGAGCCCUGGUGCUAUGUCUGUGGGCUCCAGUUACGAGAACACCUCCCCUCCUUUCUCACCUCUUUCAUCCCCAUCGGCUGCCAGCAGCGGCAGCUACACAAGUCUCUCGCCGAGUGGUUGUCAGGACCAGAUUCACACGCUUCCUCCUGUUCCAGUGAGGUCCUCCAGCUACAAUUACACCAGCCAGCCACCCAUACCUCAGCCACGGACCAUACUGCCCAAUUAUUCCAGUAGCAACAGUGGGUCAAAGGUGCCUGAGAGUCCCAGACUUCAGAGAAAGGCUCUUUUAGAAGCACCGCCAAGCCCAAAGCCAGCCCGUAGAGGAUUGAACCAUGACAACUCAGUGGCUAGAACCCCAGACAGCCCCAUACAGACUCACAUUCUGCCCUCUGUCUCCAUCUCUACCACUCCAACUGAUGCUCCAUCUGUCAGUCGGGUGCAAGUUCCAGGUAGCCCCAGACUGACCCCCAAAUUCUCCACUGCAUCCCCAACUUCUUCACCCUCUAGUCCCAGAACUAAAGCUGCCAUUGUCCUCCAGAAACGGCCCUCAAGUCCUUUCCGGGAGCAGCCUCAGCAAGACCAUUCCUUGACGUCCAGCCCACUCUCACCACCCUCACGAUCUUUUCAGCCCCCCUUGGACCCCAUUGUACACAUCAUACAGGGUGGACCUCCACACCCGCGUGCUUUACAACCUCCAGAAAGCCCGCGGCUGGCCCGCAGGAACCUUGAAGGGAGCAGCAUGAGGGAACUUCCUCCUCUCAGCCCCUCCAUAGCUCGUAGGGGGGUUCCUGUGCUCCCUGGAGCUCUACCGGGAACCCUGCGUACCCCAGAGAGCCCAUCACCAAGACUGGUCCCAGAGAGCCCCAGACUCAGACGGAAAGCGGGAUCUCCUACAGAAGAACAGUUCAGUCCUCGUGUAAUGCGCGCUCGCAGCCCAUCGCCCACCUUGGAUGGGCGGAAGGGCAGUUUUGGGAACUCGCUGUCUUCGGCCUUCAGUCUAGGCUCUCUGCCUGGAUCAUCACCUCGAUCCAGUCCCAGGAGCCACAGGAAGAUGUCAGCGGGUCACAAGGACAUUCGAAUUCCUCACCCGGGCAUGAGGGACCGCAAAAACAGCAUCACAGAGAUUAGCGACAAUGAGGAUGACCUGCUGGAGUACCAUCGGCGCCAGAGAGAAGAGCGACUUAGAGAACAGGAAAUGGAGAGACUGGAACGACAGCGGCUGGAGACAAUCUUGAACCUCUGUGCGGAGUAUAACAAGGGUGACGGGCCGGCGGGUGAUCUGGCCAGGAUGGGCAUCUCUGGGCUUGACUCAGGGGAGGGGCUUAAUGUCAGACAACCUUCCAUGGACAGUGUGAGCAGCACUUCCUUGAGGGUGGCACAGAGACAUCGUGAGAGCCAAGAGGAGAACCUGAAGCAGGACUGCAAUAGCACUGAGAGUGCACAGCAGGAUAGACAGGCCCCAACAGUUCUGCUGAACGGACAGAAUGGACAGUCUGAGGACUCUCCAGGAUCUGGCAGCAUCAGCCGUCUGGAACUGGGCUACCUGGAAGAGGAGAGGGUUCAAGUGCUGGCAAAGGUAGAUGAGCUUAAAGCUCGAAUUACAGAACUGGAGCAGCAACUUCAGGAGUCCAAACAGGAGGUGGAGAUGGAGAGAGCUCUGCUGCAAGGAGAGAGAGAGGCUGAGCUGGAGCAAAUCGAGGCCGAGACGGAGAUUAUCAAUCAGCUGCAGCACAAACUCAGUGAACUGGAGAGCACUUUCCAGAGAGAGAAAGACAAGGCAUGCCAUUCUGCACGAUGGCCACUCAAGACCCAUUCUGGUCUCUAUUGCCAUCCCCAGGAGAGGGCUAAUGUUGACAACGAGCGGGAAGCCCUGGAGAGGCUUCAGGAUGGGUACAAUGAGUUGACGAGCCAGCUUCAUAACUGCCCUGAGUCUCUGAGGGAGCAGUUACAGGAACAACUCAAGAGGGAAGCAGAGACUCUUGAGGCUGCAACUAAGCAGUUUGAGGACCUUGAGUUCCAGCAGUUAGAGAAGGAGAGCAGUCUAGAAGAAGAACGAGAGACAAUCAGCCAGCAGCUGCUUCAGGACAGAGCACAGUACCAAGGCAGUGUGGCCAAAAGAAAGGAAAAGGUUGCAGCCCUGGAAAGCCAGGCCAGUCAGUAUGGUAUGCAAGCCGCUCAGGAGUGUGAGAGGCUAGCCAAAGACAGAAGUAUCACCUUUCAGCUGCUACAGAAGGAAAAGGAGAGGUUGGCCAAUCUGGAGAGGAGAUACCAGAGCUUAACAGGUGGAAAGACUUUUCCAAAGAGCUCCAUCACUAUAAAGGAGGUGUACCGCUCCCGUCUAGACAGUGAUACAAGCCAAUCUUCAUUGAGACCUAAAGUCACCGCUGGCCUGUCCCCCACAUACACCACAGCUACACUCGGACGCAACACUUCUGCCAGGAGUCCUCUGAUGGUAGCCAACAGCACGGGGAGUCUCCCACGCAACCUGACAGCCACCCUGCAGGACAUUGAGACCAAAAGGCAGCUGGCCCUUCAACAGAAAGGCCAGCAAGUUAUCGAGGAGCAGCGGAGGCGUUUGGCCGAGCUGAAGCAGAAAGCUGCAGUGGAGGCGCAGUGCCAGUGGGAGGCGCUCCAUGGCUCCCAGACGCAGCUCAACCAUCCCUUCUCCUCCAAUGCCGCCCCGGCUGUGCACCACUCCAUUCUCCAUCACACAGCACCCUCUGCUGGAGAACCAGCAUAUGACACCCUCAGUCUGGAGAGCUCGGACAGUAUGGACACUAGCAUCUCAACGGGAAACAACUCGGCCUGCUCCCCUGACAACAUGUCCAGUGCUAGUGGUAUGGAUGCUCUGAAGAUUGAGGAGAUGGAGAAAAUGCUGAAGGAGGCCCACUUGGAGAAGGCUCGACUCAUAGAGUCCAGAGAGCGAGAAACUCAUACCCGUAAACUGAUGCUGGACGAAGAGAGAAGGAGAAGGGAGGAGGCUGAGAAGAGACUGCAAGAGGAGACAACACAUAGGCAGCAGCUCAUAGAGAAGGAGGUGAAGAUGAGGGCCAAAAACUUCUCUCAGGCCCGUCCUAUGACACGCUACCUGCCCAUUCGCAAAGAGGAGUUUGACCUCCGUUCCCAUAUCGAGUCCUCAGGUCACAACGUGGACACAUGCUACCAGGUCAUUCUCACCGAAAAGAUGUGCAAGGGCUAUCUCAUCAAGAUGGGAGGCAAGAUCAAAUCCUGGAGGAAGCGCUGGUUCGUCUUUGAUCGCCUUAAAAGGACGUUUUCUUACUACGCCGAUAAACACGAGAGCAAACUGAAAGGCGUCAUCUACUUCCAGGCCAUCGAAGAGGUUUACUAUGAUCAUCUACGCAGUGCCACAAAGAAAGGAUUUUUCAAUCUGAAUUUGACAAACAGUCCCAACCCCUCCCUGACAUUCUGUGUGAAGACCCACGACAGACUUUACUACAUGGUUGCGCCCUCUGCAGAGGCUAUGAGAAUAUGGAUGGAUGUGAUUGUGACAGGAGCGGAGGGCUACACGCAAUUCAUGAACUGAGAUACAAAAAAAUAUUAAUAAUAUAGCUGCUCGCUGACCUAGACGUCAAAAAGAAAACUGUUUGGCAGGGAGACUUCAAAUGACCCAGACCUGUUAUUCCCGAUGAAAGACUCUAUUUUGUUACUUCCUUUUUCUUCUUUUUCUGUUUCCUGAAGAUGUUGUAUAUUCACUCAGCUGCGCAGACACACAUCCUCCAGAGGCUUUCUAUGUCUGCCUGGAUUGACAAAGGGAGCUCUAGAAGAUGAAAAGACCUUGUGAACCAAACCUGCAGGUGGUGGCUCACUUGCCAUCUAUGAAAAUGCCUUUUUUGCCAUCAGAAAUCUUUUUCAGUUGCAGUUUAUCUUGUGUGGACAGAAAUAUGUGUAUUAGACUUUUAUUUGUAAUGUUUGUCCUGACGAUUUCUCUUUUAACACAUAAUGGGGAAAAUGCCAAAUGACAUCAAGCCAUUCUGGAUAGUAUUUUGUUAAAAUUAUUUGAUGGUAUUGACUGAUAUAAAAUGGCAAGAGGUGAUGUUUUUAAAUUACAUUUAUAAAAGUAUUAUAUUAAUAUGAGACCAUUUUAAGAGCUCUAGACCAGUGGUUCUCAACUGGUUUUGCUUCAGGACCCAGAUUUUACAUUGGACAUAAAGUGGCGACCCAACACAGUUCCAAAAUUGUUUAUGGGUCGAUGACGUGAUGCUCAUUUUUUGUCCAGAUCUAUUAAAUUAUUCAAAAAUACAUUAAAAAUACAAUUCUUACAAAACAAUUACUUGAAUACACCUCCUCCUUGAUGAACAUGUUUUCAGUUACUGAGUUCAUUUUGAUGUUUUCAUGUGGUGUAACUGUCCAGAAAUGGUUAAAAAGUCCCAUUUAAAAGCUGAAAUUCUUGAAAAAAAUAUAUAUUGGUACUGAAGAAUAAUAUUUUAUGAUUUCUAAAAAAAAAAAAAAAGAAAGCUGUGAAACAAUUUUAUUUUAAAAUGAUACAUUUUUCUAAAACUUUUGUCAUGUGAUGUAACCAACAUGUAGGUUCAUGUGACAAAAAAACAAAACAGACUGUUUGUGAAGUGGAAUUUUUAGGGGCCAAGCACUGAAAGUGUGUAGGCACCUAUUGUAUUCGUUCAAGUUCUUAUUCUUCUUCUUCUUCCACCAUUAAAGUCUAUGGCAGCCCAUUGAACCGUACAUUGUUAUGAAAUUUGGCACACAAAUAGAGGAAUUUACUCUAACUCCAAUGCUGUAGCGCCACCAACUGUUCAAAGUUGCACUUAUGUUUAUGCUCAUAACUUUUGAACCGUAAGACCUAGAAUCAAAAUUAUACAAACAGAGUCGAAUGCACACUAUUGUUCCGCCAUUUCGAAUUUUCCAAAAUAAAUACUUUUUGGAACUCCUCCUAAACCGUAACUCCAAAUUGCAUGAAAUUUGUUGUGUAUCAUCUAGGGACACUGGGGACAAAAAUGUAUUAAAAGCUUUAUGAUAGACCAAACAGUUCUCGAAUAACACUUCAACGAAUUUGACGGCAAGCAUGCCAAAAUGGUCAUGAGGCUGUAUCUUUGCCACACUUAGGUGUAUUGAUACCAAACUUGAUAUAUGUCAUAGCCAUCAUGAUUUGAGGGUACCUGCACAGUUUUGGGACAGCACCACCUAGUGGUCAUGAAAUAUGAAAAAUAGCUAUAAUAAUAAUAAAUAACUUCUGAAUAGUUUGACCUAACAUUAUGAAGCUGGUCUCUUUAGAUUACUUGGAGCAUACCGAGUUGAAUGAUUGAUGCAUGCCAAUUUUCCUAUGUCGGCCAUUUUGGGCAUCUGCCAUUUUGAAUUUUGACGUAAAAUGCUGUAUUUUAAAAAUUUCUUGCCGUACUUUUAUGAAACUCGGUAUGCAUAAUCGACACUAUGUCCUGAGCGUACCUGUAAAGUUUUGGGCCAGCGCCACCUUGUGGUCAAAAUGUAUAUUGAAAUGUAUAAAAAUUAUUAUAAUGUUUGAUUAUUUUUGCCUAUUAUCCUGUCACUGAUUCCUUUGGUCAUGCCGAAAACACUGAUACCAAAUUUCGGCCAUACUUCCUGUCCGCCAUUUUGACUUUUCAUUGAAAACUUAAUUUUUCGAACUCCUCCUGGGCCAUUUGCACAAAAGUUUUUUUUUUUUUUUUUAAUCAUCUAGGGACACACAACAAAAUGUUAUCAAAAGCUUUUCUAUAGACAAAACGAUUUUCGAAUAGCACCAACGAAUUUGAUGGCAAGUCACCAAAAAGCAUCUGAGGCUGUAUCUCUGCAACACUUUACUGUUUUUUCAUUAAACUUUGAGUGUGUCAUAAUAACCACACCCUGACCUUACCAUGCAAACUCGGUGACUGCGCCACCUAUUGGUUAAAAUUGUUUAUUAAUUGUAUUUUAAUUUGAGCAAUUCUACCUAUGUUUUUUUAUGCUGCUUUUCUUCAUAAUAAAUGAUGUCCAGUGACACUUCCGUACGUUAUAUACAUUGGAGUGCUUGGCCCUGCAAUUGCUGCUUGCGUCUAUAUUUUAUUAGUAGUAUUAUGUCAUAUCAUUAAAUAUUAAUAUUUUGGCAUUUUUAUGAAAAGGAACAUUUUGUUCAGGUCCCUGAGAAAACAUGUUAUUCUUUCCUGAUAUUUGUAAAACAAUAUAUAUUUUUACCUUGAAAAAUAUAUUUGAAAAUGUUUUUGAAAUAAAUGAUUAAGUUCAUUUCAUAUAAGGUGCAAGGAAAGUAUUUUAAUACCCUUUACUUGAUGGUUACACCACAUGACAUUUUUAAAGUCAUUAAAUUAUUAUUAUUAUUAUUAUUUUAAAUGCUAUAUAUAUAUAUAUAUAUAUAUUUAUUUAUUUAUUUUUCAAAUAUUUGUGAAACCAACUAACCAAAAUGGACACAAAUAUUGUGUUUCUACAAACUCCACACAAGUUUUAAACUAGAUUUUCAAAAGAUUUCUCAUUUUUAUCACCUCAGAUAACCUUAUUUGCCAAUGACGCUUAUACUUACACAAAUAGACAAAAAUGUCCCUUAAAUUUGCACAACAUGCACAUUGUGGAUAAUGUAGAGUUUGAUAUAUAUAUAUAUAUAUAUACACACACCGAUCAGCCAUAACAUUAAAUCCA